UUUAUCUGUACAGGUGAAUAGUUGUACUGGAAAAAUGGGGAAGGCUGUUGCUGAAGCAGCUGUAUCCGCUGGUCUUCAGCUAGUUCCUGUAUCAUUCAGUGCCAUGGAGGUCCCUGAUGGAAAGUGUGAAAUCUGCGAUAGAGAAAUUUGUAUUCAUGACCCAUCUGAAAGUGAAAAAAUUCUCCCUUCCAUUGUUAAGGAGUACCCAGAUCUCAUAGUUGUCGAUUACACUGUGCCUGAUGCUGUCAAUGCCAAUGCUGAUCUCUAUUGCAAAUUGGGUUUGCCAUUUGUAAUGGGCACAACGGGUGGAGAUAGGCAACUGCUGCACAAAACCGUGCAGGAUGCGAAUAUUUAUGCUGUGAUAUCCCCGCAGAUGGGGAAGCAGGUUGUUGCUUUUCUUGCUGCCAUGGAAAUCAUGGCAGAGCAAUUCCCAGGUGCAUUUUCAGGUUACAAACUGGAGGUCAUGGAGUCUCAUCAAGCAACAAAAUUGGAUGUUUCUGGAACUGCCAAAGCUGUUGUCUCUUGCUUUCAGAAAUUGGGCAUAUCAUUUGACCUGGAUGAGGUAAAACUUGUAAGGGAUCCUGAGGAGCAGGUUACUGUGGUUGGUGUCCCAGAAGAGCAUCUCGCAGGUCAUGCGUUCCACAUGUACCAUCUCACCUCACCUGAUGGGACAGUUUCGUUUGAGUUUCAGCACAAUGUAUGUGGCCGUUCAAUAUACGCAGAAGGAACUGUUGAUGCUGCUAUGUUUCUCUACACAAAGAUACAAUCUGGAGCGACCAAGAAACUGUAUGACAUGAUUGAUGUCUUGAGAGAGGGCAACAUGAGAUGAGAUCCAUGGAGGCGGAUAGAUGAGUGCUUAUGUAGCCCUGAUUUGCAAGCUGAAAUUCUACCAUACCAAUUUUUUGUGUUAAGCACUUCAAUGUUUGGAUUAGCAACUUCAGGGAACAAAUUUAAUGGUCAGGGGCUUGAUUAAAUUGGCUGUUUCUGCUCGA